AGAAACAAGCCUGCACAUCCCUACAUGGCCGUAGGUCUCAUGUGUUUUGCGUGCACAAGGUGUGGAUGCAGAGCAGCAGAUCUGAUCAUCAGACUCUCUGGGCCUCCCGUCCUCCUGCCGAAGUAUCUUAGAGCCAGACGCUGAACCUGUGCCAGGAAGAGAGAAACAAGAGAGCCGUUCCAGCAUGGAGGGGAGGCGGGGUCUUCUCCUGAGCCUCAUCGUGGCAGCGUGUUUCUACGGCAACGCUUCUCAGAAGACAGUCUGCACUCAAGAGGCUGUAGCUGACAUCGUCUUCAUGGUCGACGGGUCGUGGAGCAUCGGCACUGAGAACUUCAAGCAGAUCCGUCAGUUUCUGUACACGCUGGUCAACAGCUUUGACGUCGGGCCUGACCACGUCCGCAUUGGGCUGGUCCAGUACAGCACCCAACCCCGCACCGAGUUCCUACUCAACACCUAUCAGAACAAGAAGGACAUCCUCCAGUACAUCAGCAACUUGCCUUACAUGGGGGGCGGCACCCAGACGGGGGAAGGCUUGGACUUCAUGCUAAAUGAGCAUUUUGUGGAGGCAGCUGGAAGCCGGGCUGGCCAGAAUGUGCCGCAGAUCGCUGUGGUGAUCACCGAUGGCAAAUCACAAGACAACGUGGAGUCCCAAGCCCAGAAUCUGAAGAGAAAGGGAAUUGUUUUGUAUGCAAUUGGUAUCAAAGAUGCAGAUGAAGACCAGCUGAAAGAGAUAGCGAAUGAGCCGUACAGUCAGCAUGUACACAGCGUGUCUGAUUUUGCAGCACUGCAGGGAAUUUCUCAGAGCAUCGUCCAGACGCUUUGCACAACUGUAGAAGAAGUCAAACGACAACUCCUGCAACUGUCUCAAGAAUGUGCCAAAGCCACCAUGGCCGACAUCGUCUUCCUGAUCGACGGCUCCUCCAGCAUCGGCAACGAUAACUUUCAGGAGGUCCGGCAGUUUCUCCGAAGUGUUGUCGUAGGCCUCGACAUCGGCCCUGACAAAGUUCGGGUCGGCGUGGCUCAGUACAGUGAUGAUCCUUACCAGGAGUUCCUGCUGAAGGAUCACAUGGACAAGAAAUCCCUGCUGGCUGCGGUGGAAAACCUUCCCUACCGAAAAGGAGGCACAGAAACGGGCAAGGCCAUCAACUUCCUCCUGACGCAGUACUUCACCGAAGAGGCAGGGAGCCGAAUCGGCCAACGGGUGCCUCAGAUCGCUGUGGUCAUCACAGAUGGGGACUCCACGGAUGAUGUGAUAAUGCCUGCCCAGCGCCUGAGGCAGCAAGGAGUCAUAGUAUUUGGCAUCGGGGUGGGAAAAGCCAACCUGAAGGAGCUCGAAACCAUCGCCAACCGGCCUCCAGAUCGCUUCCUGUUUACCAUCAAUAACUACCAGGCUCUGCAGAGGCUGACAGAGGGUCUGUUACAAACUGUAUGUGUCUCUGUGGAGGAUCAGACGCAAGCCUUGGCAGAAAAGUUUGCUGACACGUUCUUCCUGGUGGACAGUGGCGUGACUCCAGCAGAGUUCCAGCAGGUCAGGAGCAUCCUCGUCCGACUGGCUAAUCAAAUGAACAUUGGAGCGUCUGCCUACCGUCUGGGCCUGGCCCAGUAUGGUCAAGAUAUCAAGGUGGAAUUUCUUCUUAAUGCUUUCCAAACCAAAGAGGAGACCCAGAACGCUGUUAAGCGUUUCCGCCAGCGCAGACCACAACCCAACGAGCCUCGUAACUUGGCUAGCGCAUUGCAGUACAGCAGAACUCACUUUUUCACUAGAGAGGCAGGAAGCCGGGCCGACCAAGGCUACAAACAGUACCUGGUUGUUCUAAGUGGAAAAGACUCAGAUGAUCCCGUGUAUAUGGAGUCACGUCUGAUCAGAUCAUCAGGAAUAACUGUGGUGGGGAUGAGCCUUGGUGCUUCGAUGGCGGAAAUGCGUCUCAUAGCCACUGCACCGUACAUAUAUGAGUCUAUCAGCAAUGCUGUACCUAUACUGAGGUCUAUUUUCGAAACAGAGGAAGAUCAAACGACUCUUACUGGAGAUUGCAAAGCAGCCAAAGUGGCAGACAUCGUGUUCAUCGUUGAUGAGUCUGGAAGCAUUGGAACCCCAAACUUCCAGCUGGUGCGCUCUUUCCUGCACACAAUUGUGAGCGGCCUAGAAAUCAGUCCAGCUAGAGUCCGAGUGGGCAUCGUGAUGUAUAAUGACAAGCCCACAGCACAGGUCUACCUCAACACCUUUGAUGAUAAGAACGAAUUGCUGAAGUUCAUCAAAAUCCUGCCCUAUCAUGGAGGGGGUACGAACACUGGAGCUGCCCUAAAUUUCACCCAGCAGAAUGUUUUCAUCGAGGAAAGGGGAAGCAGGAAAGAUAAGGGUGUCCAGCAGGUGGCGGUGGUGAUCACAGAUGGUGAAUCCCAGGACAACGUGAGCACAGCAGCAGCUAAUCUCCGUCGUGCUGGUGUCACAGUUUACGCAGUAGGAGUCAAAGAUGCCAACAAGGCCCAGCUGAGAGCGAUGGUGUCUUAUCCCCCCAAUAAGCAUACGUAUAUUGUGGACAGUUUUGCCAAGCUGAAAUCGGUGGAGCAGACCCUGCAGAAAAGUCUGUGCCAUAACAUAAUUCGGGAAGCGUUCUCAGUCAGUACAAGAAGAACUAGCAUCAAAGAAGGCUGCGAACAAAAAGAUGAAGCAGACAUCUUCUUCCUGAUUGAUCACUCAGGAAGCAUUUACCCCACUGACUUCGACGACAUGAAGAAGUUCAUCAUUGAGUUUCUAAAUACCUUCCGUAUUGGGCCACAACAUGUCCGCAUGGGGGUUGUAAAAUACGCAGAUUCGCCAAAUUUAGAAUUUGAUCUAAAAGAGUACUCAGAUGCCAAAACAUUGGAGAACGCAGUAAAGGGUAUUCAACAAAUAGGAGGCGGGACGGAGACAGGAAGAGCGCUGGCAUUCAUGGGAGAACACUUUGACAGAGCAAUAACCACCCGUGGUCACAAAGUUCCAGAGUACCUGGUGGUCAUCACUGAUGGAAAAUCCUCUGAUGAGGUCAAGGUUCCUGCAGAAAAACUGAGGGCACAGGGUGUCAUCAUCUAUGCCAUUGGGGUGAAAAAUGCAGAUGCAAAUGAGCUGCAACAGAUUUCCGGCGACCCUCAGAGGACUUUCUUUGUCAAUAAUUUUGAUGCUCUGAAGCCCAUCAAGGAUGACAUCAUCACAGACAUCUGUUCUCAAGACGUUUGCAAAGACAUACCCGGCGACCUCCUUUUCUUGAUUGACAGCUCUGGGAGCAUCUCUACAGACGACUACAACAAAAUGAAAGAAUUCAUGAAAUCUGUCAUUAGCAAGUCCAUCAUCGGGCAGAAUGAAGUGCAUGUUGGUGUCAUGCAGUUCAGCACCAUCCAACAACUAGAGUUUCCCCUCAACCGCUACUACAGCAAGGAAGGAAUGUCGAGAGCUAUCAAUGAUAUGCAGCAGAUUGGUGGAGGUACACACACGGGUGAAGCCAUCACAGAUGUGUCGCAGUAUUUCGAUGCAACUAGAGGAGGGCGUACUAAUCUGAGGCAGAGGCUGAUAGUGAUAACCGAUGGCGAGGCCCAAGAUGAGGUCAAAGGCCCCGCUGCGGCUCUGAGGGCCAAGGGAGUGGUGGUCUAUGCCAUUGGAGUGGUGGACGCCAACACUACCCAGUUGCUGGAGAUCAGCGGUUCACCAGACAGGAUGUAUACUGAGAGGGACUUUGACGCUCUAAAGGACUUGGACAAUCAGUUGGCCUUGGAGCUCUGUGAUCCACAGAGAGAGUGUAAGAAGACAGAACAAGCUGACAUUAUUUUCCUGGUGGAUGGCUCCACAAGCAUAACCCAGAGCAAGUUUAGAAGCAUGCAGAAGUUUAUGAAGUCAGUGGUGAACCAAACCACAGUUGGCACAGAUCUGACUCGCUUUGGGGUCAUUCUGUACUCCACCGAGCCCAAAUCUAUUUUUACUCUGAAAAAGUAUGACUCCAGACAAGAGGUUAUUAAUGCAAUAUCAGCACUGAAGUCCCCAUAUGGAGACACCUACACUGGCAAGGCUUUGAAAUACUCUUUAGAGUUCUUUAACAAUGAACAUGGUGGUCGAGCUGCUCUCCAGGUGCCACAGAUUCUCAUGGUGAUCACAGAUGGAGAUGCUACUGACCGUAACAAUCUGGUUGUGCCAUCCAAGGCACUGGCAGAAAAAGGGAUCAGUGUCUUCAGUAUCGGAGUUGAAGGAGCCAACAAGACACAGCUGGAGAUCAUGGCUGGUCACGACACAUCCAAAGUUUUCUAUGUGGACAGUUUUGAUGCCCUGGAAACUCUGUACAAGAAUAUUUCUCAUGUCCUCUGCAAUUCUACCAAGCCAGUUUGUGAAAAACAGAAGGCUGACCUGGUCUUCCUAAUCGAUCAGUCUGGCAGCAUCGACCCAAAGGACUACACCACCAUGAAAACAUUUACGACAGAAUUAGUAAACAGCUUCAAAGUCAGUGAAGAUUUAGUGCGUGUAGGACUAGCCCAGUUCAGCAGCACUUUUCAGAAUGAGUUUUACCUUAACCAGUAUUACACCGAGCAAGCCGUGAACAAGCACAUCUUGGAUAUGGAGCAGAUCGGUGGAGGCACCAACAUCGGACUGGCCCUGGAUUCUAUCAGGGAUUACUUUGAGGCGUCACGGGGAAGCCGUAGAUCUGCCGGGAUCUCCCAGAAUCUGGUGCUGAUAACAGAUGGUGAAUCGCAGGAUGACGUGGAGGACGCGGCUGAUCGUCUCAGGGCUCUGGGGAUCGAGGUGUUUGCCAUCGGCGUUGGAGACGUCCACGACCUGGAGCUCCUGCAGAUCACUGGCACUCCGGAGAGGCUGUUUACUGUGCAGAACUUCGGCAGCUUGGAAAACAUCAAGCAAAAGGUGGUCGACACAAUCUGCAAAUCCAAACCCCUCGAAGAUCCCUCUGACUGCACCAUAGACAUCGCCAUGGGUUUUGAUAUUUCUCAAAGAACUGGAGCUCCUGGUGAGAUGCUGAUCAGCGGCCACACCAAGCUCCAGACCUUCCUGCCAGAGAUCGUCCAUUACGUUUCCUCGGUACAAGGCCUGUGCUGCGUCGGCCCCACGCCGGUCAAGACCAACCUCGCCUUCCGAGUCGUGAGUCGUGAUGGACGUUCCCUGUACGACUUCAACUUUGAGGGCUACAGUGAAGACGUGGUGAGGAAAGUCAUGACCUUGAAUUUGGCAGAGCCCACUUACUUCAACACCGCCCUGCUGAAAUCCUUCGGGGAGAAGUUCAACACACAGUCCAGAGCUGGCGUGAAGGUGCUGGUGAUCUUCUCAGACGGAUUCGAUGAAGACGUGAUGAAGCUGGAACAUGAAUCAGAGCUGCUGCGACAGUCAGGGGUCAGCGCUCUGCUGACUGUGGCUCUGGAGGGAGUGCGUGACCCCGCCCAGCUGCAGAUGGUGGAGUUUGGCCGAGGAUUCGGCUACAAGCUUCCUCUCAGCAUCGGCAUGCAGAGCGUCGGCAGCACCAUCCUCAAACAGAUUGACAUGGUGUCAGAUAGGGAGUGCUGCAACGUCAUGUGCAAAUGUUCGGGACAUGAAGGCAUCCGUGGCUCUCGGGGCCCCCCGGGGUCAAAGGGUGUGAUUGGACAGAAGGGUCACCCCGGAUUCCCCGGAGAGGAGGGCGUCGCUGGAGAGCGGGGCCGUCCUGGACCGAGCGGACCUCAGGGUGUCCAGGGUUGUUCUGGACUCAGGGGACUGAAGGGCCACCGAGGCGUCCGGGGAGACAGGGGGGAAGACGGAGAAGACGGACUGGACGGAGUUAACGGAGAACAGGGAGUGACGGGAAAAGACGGAAGUCGAGGAGAGAGAGGACACCCAGGAAACCCAGGUAUCCCAGGUAUCAGAGGGGAGGCGGGGCUGAAAGGACAGCGAGGACUGAGAGGAGAUCCGGGUGAACCAGGUGCUGAUAACACCGUCCCAGGGACCAAAGGAGAGCCCGGGAACCCCGGUUUACCGGGUGCACCUGGACAGGACGGGCGGCCAGGUGAGAGUGGAGUCGUUGGAAACCCGGGUCCAGAUGGAAGACGAGGGCCAUUCGGUGAGACGGGUGUACCUGGACAGCCAGGAGCUCCAGGACUCCAAGGCAGCCCAGGUGCUUCAGGUUCACAGGGUCCCGGAGGGGUCAGAGGUCAGCCUGGACCGAGAGGAAUCCCUGGCCUUCCUGGACCUCAGGGUGGUCCAGGACAGGCCGGAGACCCAGGAUCAGCCGGACGCCGUGGAGGUAACGGGCAGAAGGGCCAACAAGGAGAUCCAGGAGAGAAAGGAGUGCCAGGUCCACAGGGCCCCAGAGGACUGCCGGGUCAGGAUGGCAAAGACGGUUAUGGACCUGCAGGACCUAAAGGUGCCAAGGGAGAUCCUGGUUUCCCUGGUUACCCCGGUCUAACGGGGGAGGACGGCCUGCAGGGACCCAAAGGAUAUCCAGGACGGAAAGGGAACCGAGGUCGAGGGGGGAACUCAGGCAGGUCGGGAGAAUCAGGCGUGUCUGGAGAACCAGGAUAUCCGGGACACAGGGGUCCCAGAGGUCCUCCUGGAGGCAAAGGCAUGACUGAGUGCCAGCUGAUCACCUACGUCAGAGACAACUGCGCAUGUUCCAUCGGUCAAUCAGAGUGCCCGGCGUACCCCACCGAGCUGGUCUUCGGUCUGGACAUGUCCGAGGACGUGACCCCCGCAGCCUUCGAGAGGCAGCGCUCCGCCCUCCUCUCCCUGCUGGAGGACAUCACCAUCGCCGAAAGCAACUGUCCGACUGGCGCUCGCGUCGCUGUGGUGGGAUACAGCGCCUACACCAAGUACCUGAUCCGCUUCCAUGACUACCGCCGCAAGAAACAGCUGAUCGAAUCUGUAAAGAACAUCGCCCUGGAGAGGACGUCCAACACUCGCCAGCUGGGGGCCGCCAUGCGCUUUGUGGGUCAGAACGUCUUCAAACGCGUCCGAGCAGGAAUCUUGAUGAGGAAGGUGGCAGUGUUCCUUUCUAAUGGGCCUUCACAGGAUGUUAACGACAUUCUCACCGCCAUGAUGGAGUACCGCGGCCUCAACAUCGUCCCGGCGGUCAUCUCUCUGAGGAACGCUCCGUCUGUUGAUCGAGCGAUGGGGGCUGACGACUCGGGAAGAUCCAUCUUCACAGUGCUGGGGAGGGACAUGGCUGCUGACCUGAGGAAGGUCAAGAACUGUGCCAUCUGUUACGACCCCUGCAAACGUUCAGAGCAGUGCGCCUUCAUCCAGGAACCAGUGCAGCCUCAGGAGGUCGACUUGGACCUGGUCAUGGUGGUGGACGGCUCCAGGGAGAUGCAGGCUGAUGAGUACGCUGGUGUCCAGCAGCUGUUGGGCUCUGUGGUGGAACAGCUGGCCGUGAGCCCGCAGCCCCGCAGGGCCGGCAACCAGGCCCGGGUGGCUGUAGUCCAGCAGAGCGGCACCCAGGCUACCAAGGCAGAGUUUGGCCUGCAGGCCUACCAGAACCACGACCUGAUGAAGAGGCAUCUGAUCCAGAAAAUGCAGCAGCAGAGCGGCUCCUCUGCGCUGGGACAGACGCUGGAGUUCUCCCUGAAGGAGGUGCUCCUGAAGGCCAGCCAGCCCCGGAGGAGGAGGGUGCUGCUGACUGUGGUGGGCACCCAGACGGCUUACCAGGACCGAGCCAAGCUGCACUACAUCUCCCAGAAGGCCAAGUGCGAGGGGGUGGCGAUGUUUGUGGUGACGGUCGGCGAGCGCUACAACCGGACGCAGGUGGAGGAGCUGGCCAGUCUGCCUGUACAGCAGCACCUGAUCCACGUCGGCAGACUGAAGGCCGACGAGCAGGGCUACGCCCAGCGCUUCAUCAGAGUCUUCCUCACCGCCUUCAACAAGGGAAUGAACACGUACCCUCCUCGGUCUUUAAAACAGACAUGUGAGCAGCUGACAGACCAGGAAGGAGGACAGACAUUCAUAAACGGCCAGGGGCUGGCUGUGGUGGAUGAGGAGGAGUUUGCAGAGGAGGAGGAGGAGAGGUUUGAGGAGCAGACGGGAGGAAAGACUCAGACCGGCCAGCUGGACAUCAUCGACACGCUGACCAGAGGAGACGGCCAGAGAUUUGUCUCAAGCGCUAACGUCAACGCCCACUGUCAGCUGAUGGCUGAUAGUGGUAUCCAGUGUGACGACUAUGUCCAAGCGUGGUUCUUUGACAAAGACAUCGGUGCAUGCUCGCUCUUCUGGUAUGGCGGUUGCGGCGGUAACGCCAACCGCUUUAACACUGAAAAUGAAUGUUUCCGGACAUGUGGCCCCCAUAAUCCAAACAUCCUGCCGAGGCUGGCCAGCUUUGUCUCCAAAGACAACUGUUUCCUCAGCCAGGACCAGGGCAGCUGCCAGAACUACACCAUGAUGUGGUUCUUCGACACGGAACAGAACGAAUGUUCUCGCUUCUGGUACGGCGGCUGCGGCGGCAACGACAACCGCUUCGAGACGCAAGAGGAGUGUGAGAACCUCUGUCUGACGAAGAGCCGCUGAGGAGGACGUCGCCGGAUCGGUUGGAGAAAAAUGACCGCUGUACACCAAACAUGUAUCAGCAAAACCCUCAGAAGACACGCAUCUUCAAGGAAGAACACCAAGUUGACUUUAUGAAUUAUUUAAAAACCUUUAUCGACAGCUGAGGUUGUUAGUUUCUGCCACAACGCCUUCAGGGAAAGUUUCAACUGUCCCAAAACUCAGCAGCUGCUGAAUAAAGAGCUUUUGAGUCAUUCGUCACGAGGAAGAAUUGCCUUUUGGGUUUUUUUUCUUGAACAUGCAUGUUUUGUUUCCCCCAGAGCACCUUUUGUUUUACACAAACCUUCACCAUUUUUACGAUAGAAAAAUGAAACAUGACAGACGCUCAUCAGAGACGAAGCGGUGUAACUCUUCUGUCAGGCUCUGAUGUAUACACGUUUGUUGAGAUUUAAAAUCAAUGUUUGAAGGAAUCGCAUCACAAAUGGCCGCCAUUAAAGUGUGUUUAUGUAAAUGAGCUCCACAACACAUCUUCUUUCAUAAAUGAUUGAUUUGUCUGAAGGUUUCAGGUAAAGACGGUCAAUUUUAAAUGCAUUCAAUUGCAAAACUUUAUUGUCUUUUUCAUAUUUUUUGCGCUCAUUUCAAUUUGUUCCAAUUUUUAAAAGAUAGUUAUAUAAUUAUAAAGUUUUUUUUUUUUGAAGCUCAUCAGCUCCAGUAUUUACAACUGUAAAUUCAGACAGUUUUGAGAUGACACUGCUUCCAGACAUCCCACCACACAGACGGGAAAAUCUCUCACUUUCAGAGUUUUAGUCUUCAGUCAGUUAUGAAGAUGUUUUAUUCGAUCUGAGGAUGAGGCAGCGCUGGUAGAAGUAACUUUAAAACAAACGCUUUUAGCUUUUUCUUGAGUGCAGAUAUACUUUGAAAGAAUCAGAUAGACCGAAAAAUAAGGACUUGAAACACAAAGUGUGUUGACGAUCCGACGUUCAAACACAUUUGCCUGCAGUCGUGGUUGAACAACGCGUCGUACGAACUAGUCACUGUUGAGCGUAAACCGUCCCUUAGCAAAGAAUUGACCCUCACAAAACUAUGACUUCACCCCACCUCUACUCUCCCUGUGCGUCCUGUCUCUUUCUACUGUGUGCAAAUAAAGGCAAAAGUCAUCAAAAAUACUAUCACGAGCGUAACUUGUAGAAUAUAAACUCCCUUCAGGUCACUAAAACUCCCACAAUUCCUAGAAAAACUACAGAGUCCCUGGCUGAGGGGUAGACUCAACCCCGGACUGGUCUGAAACCUGCAUGAAGGCUUGUGUAGCUGCAGCGUCCUCACAUCUAAGCAGGAAGCUGGUGAAUAAAGUGUUAUUUCAACUGAUGGACCAAACAUUGAAAAUGAGACCCAGAGUUUUCCUUUAAUAAUCGUGUAAAGGAUCAAACUGAGCUGGAGCUGCUGCUGAAACAUCCACGCUGUACGAGGACAGAGCAUUACUCAGAGUUGUGUCGGGGGGGGGUUAAUGGGUAGUUUCUCAUGUCUGUUCAGUGUCUGAUUUAUUCCACAAAUAUAUACGCAUGCCUGAAGUGGCUGCAGAACGGCUCGAGUUCCAGUUUGAGCCUUAAAAGGUCUGAAACAUGUCUCUCAGGUCUGUGUCACCGUCUGUCUGUCUGUGGUUUAUCGAACCGACCAAUGGUGCUUCAUGUAAAAAAAAACAAAACAACAAUAAUAAAGAAUUUAAGAAAA